GAGAAGAGGAGAAAAUCGCUUCAGCCCCUUCUCUGCCCUCCGCCUCGUCCUCCUCUUCGGCGCCGCCACCCCAUCCAGCGGUGUCGCCUCUCCUUCCCGGUAUGUGAGCCGCCGCCUCGCCGCCUCGCCGCCGCCCCUCCUCCUCCUCCUUAUCUUCCGCCGUCUCGCCGCUGCAGUCGUCCCCGUGAGCAAGCUAUCUAGGCUAGGGUUCAUCGGAAAGAAAGGAAAAAAAAUCCCCAUUCCCUCCGCCGUCUCCUAUGCCCUGCUGCCCGCCUACUCUUCCUCUCCACAGCAUCGUGUUUAUCCUCGACGCAGAAGGACAGUGCGGACUGCAGAGACGCCCUGCCGCCGCUCCUUUUUGUAGGGACGGGGGUGGGGACGGGGGGUCGUCGUGUGAGUCGGAUGGGGAAUGGGGCCUGGGGGCGGAAGUUCCGUCGGAUGGUGGCGGUCGUCGCCUUGGAGGGCGCAGGGGGAGGCGUGCUGCUCGCGUCGCUCACGGAGCUCUACGAAGCGCUCUCAUUCUGCACGUAGGACCCCGCGGGGCUACUUUCCCGCCGAGUCCGCCACGCGAGCGCUCGUGCGGCUGGCGACCCGAGAUGCUGCUCGCCGUGCGCGCCAUCACCUACCUCUACGACGCCAUGCCGUGCACCGCUGACACCGUCGUCCGCCACCGCUUGCUCCCCGUGCUCUGCUCCCGGCUCCUCGCGAUCGAGUACCUUGAUGUGGCCGAGCAGUGCUUGCAAGCGUUUGAGAAGAUAUCACUGCGGCAGCCGGCACAGUGCUUGCAGGCAGGCAUGAUAACUGUUGUGCUGGUAUACAUGGACUUUGUCUCUGCAAGUAUUCAGAGGGUUGUUGUCUCAGCUGUUGCAAAUGCCUGCAAGAAGGUCCCCGCAGAUUGCUCCCAAUUUGUGAUGGACUCGGUCCCAAUGCUGUGUAAUCUACUGCAGUCUGAGGAGAAGAUGGUAUUGUUACCCACUAAUUUAACCGAGCUUGCUUGUAUUAGGCAUGUACAUAGUGCUCUGCUAAAGGCAAAGGAGAGGUUGACAAUGCAGACAAGGAGAAGUAGUGUCAUGGAUCUGCAUGGAAGUGUCAUCGAGGGAUGUCUGGUGUCAAGGUUUUCACCAAUUACAGCUGGGUCUGACUGCUAAUUGCAUCGUCACGAUACUUCACCACAGAGCACCAGGUCGAGGACUCCUUGGAAAAAUACCUUUACCUCACGCUACCCAAGGACAGCUACCCGAAUGCUAAGAAGGUAACACCUCUCUCCGGCAUUGAAUUUAUUCAGAAGUGUUCGGCUGCAAUAAUUACCACGGUUUGCUUGCUAAACAAAUAUGAUAAUGCUCCUUUAUUAGUACAAAUUUUCAUGCAUCCAUACAUGCAUUAGAUGCAGAUAGUAGUAUACUAAAGUAAAUUUUCAUACUAACUACGAGCUUCACUGUGAUAAGAGAUCAAGUAUUCAGGCUCUGUCUUUUUAUUUGCUAGAUGCAGACUCUUAACUAUGCCACUUGAUCCACUCUGGAACCACACCAAACGGUAAUACUUGAUGAAUAUAUAGGUUCCUAGGUUUAAUAUGCCAUCUGUUGCUUGACACCGCACCUAUACUAAUUGGCAUCACAUAAUCCUUCAAGUUCUUAUGUGAUCUACAACAUCCUUGUUUAUACAAAACUCUGAUUCACAAUAUAAAAGUGUAACUCUUAAUUUAGGAAUUACUCACCUCACCAUCAGUGUUGAUGAAUUGACAAGAUGACUAGCUCUCUAGAUUACUUUCCUUUAUAUUACAGAUUCAAAGUUGUUGGUCCCAAUGUCUUGUUGAUUAGAAGGGACAAUACAAAUUACUGAUACACCUCACUGGUGACAUUACUUUGUGUUCAGAACUGAUACAUACAGUAGAAUGCACAGAGCUACUCUGUUGCUUUCCAUUUUGUGUGUGAUAAUGUAGCAUGUUAAUUUGGAUCUCCAAGACACCCAUGCUCUCUUUUCUUCUCUCUAAUAUCUAAUUUCAAGUGUCUUUCCUUUCCUCUUCCAUUGCCUAAUUGGAGUGAUGUUGUAGCAUGUUAUUGCAAUGCCACUGAAGAGAGUAAAAUUGCAGGGUGAUACAUGAGAGCAUGUAUAUAAUUGGUAAGAUCAAGCUUUUUACAGCUUAAACUGAAUUAAACUUGUUGAUAUGGCGAUAGGGUGUCCACUAUACAUGAUUGUUGAUUAAUUUUUUAUAUAAACUUCUUCCAAUUUGUUCCACUAUGGAUAUGGAUCUCUUCUCUAUGAAGUCCUUUUUGUAGCUUGGUCUUUUUUGUUUGUGAUGCAACUUAAGACCAUCCUGACAUAUUGGCUUAUAUUGCCAUUUUUUCUGAAAGACACGUGAUCAGGUCUUAGGGUAUAGUGUUAUCAUAAUUUCAGAUUACCAAUCCCAGUCUUGGAAUUUGUAGAUUGGGUGGUUCAUGUGCAGGUACAUCAACAAGAAGUUCAGCAAUAAGUACAGCGCGACGAUCGUAGGUGCAAAUCGAUGACCGGCUCUUCACGUUACAAGUUCUUCAUUCUUUCGAUUUUCACUAGCUCAAUUUGUAAGUAGAUUCGAAUUUUGUCUCGAAGAAUAAAGAAUAAUCUUUUUUGAUUGGGGAUCCUGUUGUGGGAGAAAUGACUAUGUUUUGCACAUCAUUUUAUCGGUUAUGAAGUAUUUCUCGUGCUGUAUUUACGUUGUCAUUUAUGGAUAAUGCAAGGAGCAGUUAAUCUACAUCAGGUAAAGAACAUCUGAAGUCAUUGCUUUCUAAAAAAAAUUGGUGACUAAUAAAAAAUGGAGCUUCCAAAAUCAUUGAGGCGGUGUUUUAGCAAUCUAUUCUAGGAAACUAACCUAGAUUUCUAUUGAGGCGGUGAAUACUGACUGAUUCAGUAUACAUGGUUGUUUUUGCAGGCUGAAUUCACUCUUGACGAGCUCAUGUAAGGCGACCAUGAAAUCAGAAGGCCAUGGAGCUUUGGAAGAGCCAAAACAGAUAUGUGAUGAUGCUAGAAGGGUGGGAAUUUGAAGAUGCUACCCUCUGGAACAUGAAUUCUACAGAGGCAGAAAUAGUAAGGUCUGGUCAUGGUGAUGGCUCAAUCAUCUCCAGUGAGCCCUGCAGGGCCAUGUCAAGGACAACACAAGUAGCAAAAUCUGGUCUUUCCUGAUUGAAGUAUGGGAAAAAGGAAGCGCUCAAAUAUGACGUUUAUCAAAUACCGAGGUCAGUCAGUUCCUGCUUUUUGUUGCCCUCUGUGUUUUAGUUAUGAUUUUGCAUCCUGACGUGUUUGACAAUAUAGUUAGAUUAAUUAUGCUCUCGGUCAUGGUAUAUCUGACUGUAGGUGCUUUAUGGUUUAUGGAUUAAUGGCUCUAGAGAUAACAAACUUGUUGAUUGAAUUUGGAUCCGUAAAUGUGAGUGAUGAACAAAGACUACAAAGAAAGUAGUUUGACAUUUGUAGUCUUAUCGAUCCAUGAACAUAUAAUUUUUCAGAGCUAUUUUGUCGAAUAAAUAAAAUUACAUUUGGACUUUCAUCAUGUGUUUCUGAUUUUUAUUUGUUCAAGCCAAAAUAUUGGAUGAACUCUGAGAUUGUUACAUGAAUGAUUUUAUCGUAUUUCUCUUUUGAUCCGAUAUCAUGAAUCAACAUCACCCUCUUGCUCAAUAAUGUUUAGAUAAUGGGAGUGUUUAAUUGCAUGCAGCAGUCGUAUGCAUAGUUCUGUAGCAAAAUCACGGAUAUAUUUAUAGCACAACCCUUGCACACACACACCCCUCAGAAUAUAUGAGAAAUGGAGAUCCUCAUCUUUCAUGCUUUGGUUGAUGGAAAACAACAGAGAUGGGGAAAAUUAUAGCACAACCCUUGCACACACACCCCUCCAGAAUAUAUGAGAAAUGGUAUGUUCUUACCCUCAUACAAGUAUUCGAUUUUUUCUCCUCCCAAUAUCAUCUAAGCUAUCAUUUAGGGAAUACACUUUAAUGUUUUCUUUACUUGCUUUGUGGCAGCUGUUUCUUGUUUUGAUUCCUUAGUCAGGAAACAUGGUACAAAUAAUAAAGAUGUUAAUCUGUGAAAACAGAGUACUGACUUUCACACUAAUGGAAUGCUACCACAAAUUGAGACCGGAACUGGGACAAUCCAGACCAGUGGUUUAUAUUGUUGAAUUACUAAAUCCUUUCAUAAGCAGCUGGUAUGAGUUGUCAGUGGUUGUCAACAACUAUGAAGUUCCUGUUAAGGCUACUACAAACGUGUGGAGGUGACUAGACCUCACUUCAGAUAAUAUAGUCUCACAUAGCUAAUAUAAUAUGGUACCUUUCUAAAGGAAAGAUAGAUUAUUUUAAAUCUGUUAUUCUGUUGUACUCAUUGGUUUGAGUAUGGCUUUCUGGUACAAUUUACAAAGCCAGUGUUCGUAUCAACCUUGUGUCAAACCAUUUACAUCUUCUCAGCUUUAUCACUUACAAGGAGUGAUCACAGAUUUUUAUGAUCUGUUAUUAUUUUGUACUUCCACCUAACUGCUUGUGAAGAUUGAUCGUUUCCUUAGUUACUUACCUUCAUGUGUUUCAUCUAGGAUAGCUUUCGACCUUAGCUCAACUUUUCUCCAACUUAAAGCUUUAUCUCCAAAGAAUAAAUGAUAUUUAGGCCUAUUCCAUAUGCAACUUCAUUUCGUUCUCACCUAAAUCGAGUGCA